UUGAAGCUCGAAAAACACAUAACAAAAACAUCGCGCCAAACAAAAACUCAGCUUAAUUUUUUCGAGAAAUUCGAAAAUAAUCACAGAGACCGCCAAAAGUUUCAAUCUUUAUUCCAAAAAUUUCCCAAAAAUGUCUCUUCGCUUCUUCUCUUUUUCUCACCCAUCUCUCUCCUUCCUUCUCAUCCUCAACCUGAAUCCAUGGCCGACGACGAUAAGGAGAACUGCGUUAGAAUGACAAGAGCAGCGACGAAACGAAAAGCUGCCAUGGCGGCGGCGACCAUAGACGAAGAACGAAUCAACAAGAAGAAGAGAGUCGUACUCGGAGAGCUUCCUAACUUAUGCAACAUCAAGAAGCCUCGAAGAAAAGCCACUAAGGUUAUUACAACGAAACAGAAGAACCCAGUUUCGAUUCCGACACUCGCAAACACAAACUUAGACAUUGACACGAGAUCUGAUGAUCCUCAGAUGUGUGCUCCUUAUGUUACUUCAAUCUUUGAGUAUCUUCGUCAAUUAGAGGGGAAAGCAAAGUCAAGACCUUUGAUUGAUUACAUUGACAAGAUUCAGAAAGAUGUAACUUCGAGUAUGAGAGGAGUUUUGGUUGAUUGGUUAGUUGAAGUUGCUGAAGAAUACAAACUUCUCUCAGAGACUCUUUACCUCGCUGUCUCUUACAUCGAUAGAUUCUUGUCUCUCAAGACUGUUAAUAGACAAAGGCUUCAGCUUUUGGGAGUUGCUUCAAUGCUUAUUGCUUCAAAGUAUGAAGAGAUUACUCCUCCAAAUGUGAAUGACUUUUGUUACAUCACAGACCAUACUUACACGAAACAAGAGAUUGUGAAGAUGGAAGCUGAUAUACUUCUUGCUCUGGAGUUUGAAUUAGGGAACCCAACAAGCAACACAUUUCUAAGACGGUUCACAAGGGUUGCACAAGAAGAUUUCCAAAUGUCACCUUUACAGAUGGAGUUUCUUUGUAGCUAUCUUUCAGAGUUAAGCAUGUUAGACUAUAACUCUUUGAAGUUUCUUCCAUCUAUUGUGGCUGCUUCAGCUGUUUUUCUCGCUAGGUUCAUCAUCCGUCCAAAGCAACAUCCCUGGCAGAAUGUAAUGUUAGAAGAAUACACAAAAUACAAAGCGGGUGAUCUGAAAGAAUGCGUGAGAAUGAUACAUGACUUGUAUCUGAGUAGAAAAGGUGGAGCUUUACAAGCUAUAAGAGAGAAAUACAAGCAGCAUAAGUUCAAGUGUGUGGCGACAAUGCCUGUAUCGCCAGAGCUGCCUCUUACGGUUUUUGAAGAUGUCAACAUUUAGUGAGAGCUUGACCAAAGAUAGUAUAAAACCAGGAACUCAGGAAGUGGUUUGUUGGUCUCGUUUCUUAGUGUUUUGGGUUUGUACAUAUCUUAGGACUACUUCUAGUUGUGAUUAAGUAUCUAAACUAAUGUUCAAAGAUUUUGGUUACAGAGUUAAUGAAAUUUUCGUUUGGAUUUC